AUGGAAUUUAUAUCUGCAUUUUGUCCUCUAAAUACUGUCAAAGGGCGUGAUUGUGUCUUCUCCCGGAUACAUUGUGGUCGUUCGCGAGGAUUAUCAAGUAUAAUCGUAGAGAAUGCAGCUGCAACAGCUAAAUGGUAUGACAGACGGGACUCAGUGUUCAUUGAGUUCUGUGUGGGGGACACUAAAGAUCUCAAAGUUAGAUUUGAGCAGUCUAGCAUUAACUUCAGUUGUCUCGGUGGACCGGAAAAAGCUAAACACCAAAAUGUUUUGGAUCUUUAUGGAGACAUUGAUCACAAAGAAUCCAAACACAGACGAACAGACAGGUCCGUGUUGUGUUGUUUAAAGAAAGCAGUGGCAGGAAGGUCAUGGCCACGGCUAUCAAAAGAUAAGGGAAAGGUCACCUGGCUCAGUGUUGACUUCAAUAAUUGGAAAGACUGGGAUGAGGACUCUGAUGAAGAUUUGUCAAGUUUCGACAAAUUCUCCGAGAUGAUGAACACCAUGGGAGGGGAUGGUUUACCAGACAUGGAAGGUGGAGAUGAAGAGCAUGGUGUUGCAGGCAGUGGUGAUGGAAAAAUGCCAGACCCUGAGUAGUCAACGGUAUGAUGCCGUCUUCCAAAGUUAAAGCGUUCAAGGAAAAAUCCUGUCUCCAGUUUGAUGUGAGUGACAUGCGUAUGAGUAUCUUGGAUGCAGAUUCGCACUGACAUCCAGUGUUGCACGGACACAUUUGUUUAAUUACACUGUUCAUUGAAUUCAUAGCUAUUUGAAUGUCUUAGGUCAUUUGCCCCUUUCUAUGUUUUUUCCCGGCAAAGACAGCAAGGUUACAGAUCAAAAUUGUAAAGGUUCCUUAACACAACGGAUUUGGAAUCCUCAAUUUAAAUAUUAAUUUGCAAUUUUUGUAAUCAAGGGUUCUCCAUCUUUGUUUUAUUUGACAUUGUAUUAAGUUGUUCAAUUAAAAGAUUUGGUUUCAGUUCUUAAAAUGUAUGUUAGUGAGUUAUUAAAACAGCAUUCAUUUAUAUUAAACAUUUUACAAUUAAAAAAGUGAAUACACCUUUUCAAUCUUACUGUGUGUUCAGUUUGUGUAACAGAAAAUAUACAGUACAGGCAAUAUUUAUGCAGAUGCAUUAAUUUUCUGUCCUUGCCAGAUCAAUAGGGCAAUUAAUUGACGGUAGCAUAUGCAAAAAAGAAAAUACUUCCAUAAAAUUUGUGAAAAAGUAAUAUCCUAGCAUUAAUCCAACCAAAUAUUUUUUUUAGCAAACACACAGCUAUGUUUUGAGAUCCGGGUUAAUGUGUGUAAUAUAUUUAUUGAGUUUGUUAAAUAAUGUUGACAUUUUUGACUAAUAUUUUUAAUAAACUUGUUGGAAGAACA